UUUCAUCCUUACUCGUUCAAACGUUAACACAAGCGUUUCGGCCAAAUCUGUACAAAAAUAUUAAAAUAACCAAAAAAACGAACGGUGGUGUUUUAUCGUAAUAUAUUUACGGUUUAAACUCAACAAGAAAAAAAAUCAAACGAAAAAUUCAUUACCACAAAAUAAGAAAUAAAAAGUGUAGUGUGUUGUUAUUAAGACAAGGACUUUAAUGAAAAUUUAAAGAACUUAAAACAAACAAAAAAGAAAAUACCAAAAAAUUAAAUUAAUUUUUAACAAAUAAAGAAAAAAUAAAUCAAAAUGGCUCACAAAUUUGUUGCAAUCAGUGUUGUGUGUUUAGUUUCUCUUACUGCUGCCCUACCUGCCGAAGAAACACGCGGUCAUGCCCGCAAUGCUGUCGGUUCCGAUAAUGACAUUAUGGAUAGUAUAUACAGUGAUUGUCUGCGCAAGGAUUCAGUGUCCUGCGUGAAAUAUAAGCUCUUCAAUUUUGUGGAUAAAGUGUUGGGAGCUCGCGAUCAAUUUGCUUUGACCGAAGGUGUUACCGUUGUACGUUCCCCCGAUGCUCCUGUGCAAGAAGCUGCCCGUGCCAUUUCUGGUGACGAAUCAUUCGAAUCUUUGGCCAUGAACCGUAUUGCUGGUUUCUUGAACUCUCACACCAUUAAGGUUGAAUUGAAGGGUGCCGAUAUCGUACAAGCUGUCAGCUCUACCGGUCGUGCUUUGGAAGAUGUCUCUGAAUCUUUGUUCGGCAAUGAUGAUCCUAAUGCUCCCGAAGAAAGCCGUGGCAAAAAGAAGAAGGCUGCCAAAAUCUUGGGCCCCAUCAUUGCCUUGAUUGCCUUAAAGGCUGCCGCUCUCUUGCCUUUGCUUUUGGGUGCUAUUGCUUUGAUUGCCGGUAAGGCUUUGUUGAUCGGUAAAAUCGCUUUGGUACUUUCUGCCGUCAUUGGCCUGAAGAAAUUGUUGUCGCAAGAGAAACACGUCACCUAUGAAGUUGUUGCCCAUCCUCAUCACAGUGCCAGUCACUCAGUCAGCCAUGAUUCAUAUGGCAGUGGCUACAGCGCUGAUGUCGGUUCAUCAGGAUCAUACGGCAGUUCUGGUCAUGGUGGUUGGGGCCGUUCCUUGGACGCUCAAGAUUUGGCCUACAACGCCCAAAAGCCCAAGGCUUAAAUACAAAUAUCCUCAAACUACUAUCACUACUAAAACAACUACUAACUUAAAAUCUUUUACUUUAACGAGCAGAACAUUACUAUACAACCCAACGACUGUUAAAAUAGUUAAAACAUUUUUGAAUUCUAACAAUUUACGCCAACACAUACAACGACUUAUUCAAUGACUUCGGGUUAAAGGGAACUUUAACAAGGUAACUGAAUCUAUUACAAAAGAGUUUAAUUUAUUGAUAAAACCUAAAGAGCUUAAAGUUUGGCUUUCGAUCUAAACUUUUAGAGUCUUUAUGUCAACUCUGUGUUUUAGAUUUUGUACAAAAUUGUUCUGGUUUCUUUGUGUACUUAACCCAAAAACGAGACUUUUUCUUUUAUUAAGUUUAAAAUAACAAACUAUCUUUUUGUUAAUUAAUUUAUUUAAUUUAUUUUUAAUAAUUUAUUUAAUUUAUUUUUUUAGUUUUUUUGUUUUAUUUUUUCAUUUUUUUUGCAUAAUUUUAAAACUAAUGAGAUCCAAGGAUCUCCAAAAAAUACAAAAAAAGUUAAAAAGCAAUAAUAAGCAACGAACCGAAAGUAGUAAAAAAACCAUUAAAUACAG